AUGCAAAGCUACCCCAACUCUGACUCUCUCAGCCGUGCAAGACACAGCAUCUCAAAUGUGUCUGGGACAGGCAGAACAUCGGAGAAACACCCCAAUCCUGCAUUCGAUGUGCUUCAACAGGCAAAGCUUGCUCAACGGCACCUGUUUUUCGGUUUAAGCACACGACUAGUGGGCAUUUUGAUCAACAAGGCUAAAGCUUACUGCAGUUCAUCAUCUUCAGACCAAGUUUGGGUUCCUUGUCUACGACGGUUAAAAUUCGUCGAUGAAACAUAUGAUGUUGAAGCUAAUUACUUGUCCGAUCCGGAUAAUGCGUGUGAACUGGGUCAAGAUAACACGUUCCAAUCUCAUCAUGAUUCACCUGUGGAUCCUGCACCCGGCCUAGAUCUAGCACCACUUGGUGGUGCAAUGGAGACCUUUAGACGUGAAUCACGAAAUGCAACAAGCAAAGACACUUCUCGAACUUACUGUCCAAUUCCACAUGGUUCGACACUGGGAAUUGCCCGCACAGACUCGGUUCCCUACCCGUUGAUAGAAUCUCACGAAGUGCGCUUGAUGCAAUAUUACUUGACUUAUAUGUGUACAUGGUUUGAUCUCUGUGAUUCCAGACGGCAUUUUGCCAACGUCGUACCUCCUCGAGCCGCCAACUGUCCAACACUUCUGAGCGCCAUCUUUGCCCUCUCAUCUCGACAUCUUAGUCUCAACGCGCAAUUUGAUCCUUACGCAUCCGAUCGAUACCAUCAAGCAUGCCUCAAACACCUUACAACCAUCUCGAACGACUCUUCGGCCCUCAACGAUGAUAACUUACUCGCUGCGACUAUACUUCUGCGAACGCUGGAAGAACUCGAUGUCCCUCUUAUCGGCACCGAUCAUGAAGGUCACCUCCUUGGGAUACAGCUGUUCAUGAACACCUACGACUCUAGAGUUACUCCUAGCAGCCUUCGGCUCGCUUCCUUCUGGAUAGGAAUGAGGCAGGAGGUAACUAUGAGCUUUGCUAGUCAGAGGCCAGUUAAGAUCAAACUCGAUCACGAAUUCAUAGAUCGUUCACUCUUGCCAGCUGAUGAUGAUACAUGGGCGAACCGCAUUGUUGUGCAUAGCGCAGCGGUGAUAAACUACUGCUUUGGUAGCAGUGGACCAAACAGAGUGCAUUACCAAGAGUUAGUAGACUAUGACCAAGCCUGGCUCAGAGCUCGGCCUGUGUCCUGGCUCCCGAUAGCAUAUAGUGCCCCAGACAAGAGUUUAGAUGAAGUUUUUCCACAUAUUAUCUACCUGAACCAUGCCGUCGUUAUCGGUCAAGUUCACAGCAUCUUUGCCCGUGUUCUUUUGAUGUGCCAUGAUGACCGAGUACCACGAAUUGGGCCCUCUGCUCAACUAGCUCGGCAGCGAAUUGACAAUGACAUCCGAACCCAAGUCCGAGAACUUUGCGGCAUUGCUCUUUCGAACCCUUCUACUAGACCAGCCACUUUCACGGCUUGCAUGGGCGUAACGGCGUGUGGAGAUCGAUUUACAGAAAGAAGGGAUCAGAUGGCGUUAUUGGAUGUUUUGACAUUGACCGAGAAUACCCAUUCCUGGCCCACUGCUGCAGCACAGGCACAUUUGAAAAUGGCCUGGGGAUGGGAGGAUUCCUGA